AUGAGCGGAGUGAGCGGGGAGAUCGAUAUGCGUGCCGGCUCCAGGAUGAGCAACGGACCGGCCAUCAUAGAUAGGGAGGAGGUUGAGUACUGUUUCGUAGACCCGCUGGAGAAGGACUACAAGUGCCCUGUAUGCUUGGAUGUGCUAAGGUUUCCCGUGUUGUUCGAGGAGUGCGGCCACCGCUGCUGUGCCAACUGCCUCCCGGAACUCCUGCGCACUACUUCGAGGUGCCCCAUCGACGACACCAUCGUCGACCGCAACAGGAAGGUGAUCGUGGACAAGGACUUCCAGGCGGAGAUUGACAAUCUGGCCGUCAACUGCUCAUUCGUCGCUAAGGGAUGUGCCUGGUCAGGAUGCCUCAAGGAUCUUCAUCUCCAUCUCACGGACUGCCGGUUCAAGCUGUUCCGGUGCCCGAAUGGAUGCGGCCGGAAGCUGGAGAAGGUGGUUCUGCGACACCAUAUGAUGGAAGAAUGUGACCGCCGCUUCAUCAAGUGCGAGUUCUGCGGCGUCAGGCUAAUGGCUCUGGACGAGGUCAAUCACCUGGGUAUAUGCGGGAAGUUCAAGCUGCCCUGCCCCAAUAAGUGCAACACGGAUGACAUGGAUCUGCGGCGCGAGGACCUACAGGAUCACCUUGACAACGACUGUCCAAGACAGAAGAUCAAGUGUCCCUUCUGGGACGGCGGUUGCAACUAUAUGUGUAAGCGAAAGCACAUGGACAAGCACAUCAAGGAGGACCCGAUCGUGCAUCUGGGUAUGGCCUGUGACACCGUCAUCCUCCAUCGCCGGGAACUCGAGUUACACGCCAAGGCACUCGAUUCACAGCUGCAGAAGGUUUGUAUCACGGUGUUGGAGCGGAAGGUUGACGGACUGGAGAAGCUGUACGGCUGUCAGCUCGUGUGGAAGAUCGAGAGUUGGGAGGACAAAGUGCACGAGGCAAAACUCGGCCGCAAGGCCACUAUCUUCAGCCCGCCCUUCCUCACCAGCAGGCACGGGUACAAGAUGGCGCUCUCACUAUGUCCAUACGGCGACGGGAAAGCUCGUGGGAAGUUCCUAUCGAUCUUCGUGUGUAUCUGCAAGGGCGAGUACGACCCUCUGCUGCUGUGGCCGUUCAGACACCGAGUAAACUUCACCAUGGUCGACCAGUGUCAAGACCCGGACGCCCGCCGUAACGUCAGCUACGUCAUACAGCCGAAUACGAUCAAGGACAACAAACCGUUCCUGGGGCGACCGGUGGGUGAAAGGAACGCGUCGUUUGGCGCGCAGAAGUUUGUGGAGCUUGCUGUGCUCGACACAUUCGAUUAUGUCCGAGAUGAUUCGAUCUUCAUAAAGGUCGAGAUCGACAGCGAGUUCAUGAUGCUGCUGUAG